AUCAUGACAAUCCAACGGUUUAUAUUAAAUCUAAGAAAACCACUACAUAAACAACACUUGCUCGACAGCUUACGUUACGAAAGAUACUCCAAACGCCAAGAAGCUUCGUUUUCUGCUCCGAAACGGUAGCGUAUUAGGGUUUUGGUUAGGGUUUGAAAGAUGGCAGAGCAUGAUAAGGACGAUUCAGUGGUUGAAUCGGUGACGGAGAAGAUAUCGGAGAAGACCCACGGCCAUGAUUCAUCAUCGGUUUCUGAUUCCGAUCACGAGAAAUCGAAAUCUAAUCCCGAUUCCCUCAAAUCUAAGAUUUAUCGCCUUUUUGGCCGUGAAAAGCCUGUACACAAGGUUCUCGGUGGCGGCAAACCUGCCGAUGUUUUCCUAUGGAGGAACAAGAAGAUAUCAGCAGGAGUGCUUGGUGGCGCAACUGCUAUAUGGGUUCUGUUUGAAUUGCUUGAAUACAAUCUUGUCACUUUGGUUUGCCACUGCUUGAUCCUUGCUCUUGCAUUACUGUUCUUGUGGUCUAAUGCCUCCACCUUCAUCAACAAGUCCCCACCACGCAUCCCAGAAGUUUGUAUUCCAGAGGAACCAGUUCUACAGACUGCAGCCGCACUUAGGAUUGAGAUCAAUCAGGGUUUUUCUGUCCUGCGGGAUAUUGCAUCAGGAAGGGAUCUGAAGAAUUUCCUCACUGUUAUUGCUGGCUUAUGGGUCUUGUCCAUUGUUGGGAGCUGGUGCAACUUUGUGACCUUGUUCUACAUUGCUUUUGUAUUGCUCCACACUGUACCUGUCUUCUAUGAGAAGUAUGAGGAUCAGGUAGAUGCAUUUGCGGAGAAGGCAAUGAUUGAGAUCAAGAAGCAAUAUGCAGUUUUCGAUGCCAAGGUUCUAAGUAAGAUUCCUAGGGGGCCAUUGAAGGAUAAGAAAAGGGAUUAGAGGGUUUUCCCGUGGCUGAUAAGUUCUGACACAAAUUUGCUAGCUGUGUUUUUUUUGUGAAGUAAAACUUUUACCCAGUAUUGCUUAGAAUCCUCCUCUCUCUUUUUUUCACCCCCUCUAAUUAGGUUACUGGGUUCAAAAAUGGAUGAAUACGGGACUCGUAUAGUUGUUUCGCUACAUAUAUGGGCAGCAUUUCCAUGUGUCUUAUCUUCUGUGAGUGGUCUUGUGGCUGUUGUUAUAUUACAUAUUUAAUUAGAUGCUUGUCUAUUGGGUUUUUA